AUGGCACCCGACUCCGAGCUGCACUACAAAGAAUGGAUCAUUCCGAAAAACACACCUGUAGCAAUGUCGGUGUACAACAUGCACUAUGAUUCGGGCGUGUUCCCAGACCCCUUCGCGUAUAAACCUGAGCGAUGGCUUGGAGACAUCGACCCACGCAUGAAUAGGUAUUUCGUCCCUUGGUCUAAGGGCUCGAGGGACUGCCCGGGUAAAAAGUAA